AUGAACGGGGUCGGCAGCGGUGAGACGGCGCGGCGGCAGGGUCGACUACCGAACUUUGUCCAGGUCGCCAAAGGUUACGUUUUCGAGCAGGAGAUCCAGGAUUGUCUACGUGAGACUGGUGUCACGCAGGCCCGAGAAGAUAGUAUCAGACUGGCCGGUGUGCAGUGGAUCGACAAUGUCAGACGAGCAUUGAAAUUGCCCGUCAAGACAUUCAACACAGCAGUCGUCUAUUACCACAAGUUUCGCUUGCAACACUCCGAUGGCGAGUACAGUUUCGUGGACGCAGCAGCCGCGGCGUUAUUCACGGCCUGCAAGAUCGAAGACACGCUCAAGAAAUCGCGGGAUAUUCUCUGCGCGGCGCAUAAUCUCAAAGUCCCACGCCCAGAGCAUCUGUCUCCCGACGAUCAGGUCUUCGAACAUCAAUCACGUACCAUCAUCGGUCUUGAACGACUCAUGCUCGAAGCGUCAGGCUUCGACUUCCGCAACCGCCACCCGCAGGAAUUCCUGAUCAAGCUGGCCAAGUACUACGAUUUUCAAAAGUCCUCUCCCGUGGUCAAGACAGCCUAUGUCAUGAGUCUGGACUUGUACCGCACCUUCGCGCCGCUCAAGCAGCAGACGGCAACCAUGGCGUUCGCCUGCCUCGAGCUCGCCGGACGCCUUCUGGGCGAAGAAAAUCAAGACAUCUGGCAGGGUAGAGACUAUGCGACCUGGAAGAUUGAUCGCGGGAUGGUCAUGGAAACCCUGCUUGACCUACUCGAACUGUAUACGCACCACCGCACCUCGACAACCGUCGGGCCCGAUUUCCCCGUCGACACGUUUCUCGAGGUCCGCAUUCCUCUGAAUCUCGAGUCCGAAGAGAAACAUCUGCCACGGUACACAGAGUGGGUUGACAGACCUGGCGACGCGCCUUACAGAGGCUACGGCCCGGCCGGUGGACUCAACGGCAAUGCAAAAGCGAAUGGGUCGCAUUCUCGCUCGUCCAGCAAGAACGUCAGUCCGAAAGACGCCAUCACCAGUCCCAGCACCAAUAGCAGCUCCGGAGUCGCCAGCGCGAGUACCGCUGCAACUAGUAUUCCGGGCGGGAUUGCCGCAGUGAGACAGCGUGUAGGGGACCGUGGCCGUGAGGGGACGGUCCGCUUCAUUCUCAACCCGGAUAGAGAGCGGGAUGAGCGGGCGAUUGUCGAAUUGUUCCGCAGACCGUGA